AUGGCGCCCCUCACCACACUCUUCACCUCGGUGCUUGCCGUUGCAGCAUCCUUGGUCAAUGCGGCUCCUACCACUGGCCUCGCUACCUGGGAUUCGACCCUCGGUGUCCCCAUUGACAACGUCGACGCCACCGAUAUUGUGCCCAACGCCUACAUCGUGGUGUACAACAAGACCUUUGGUGACGACGUGGUGGCUGCUCACCAGAUGAGUGUGGCAUCCGCUAUCAAGAAGCGCAACAUUGGCAAGCGGAGUCUCAGUGGCAAGCUGCUGUCCACCAGCACUCGCACGUUUUCCAUGUCGGGCUGGCACGCCAUGGCUCUGGAGGCAGAUGACCUGAUGAUGAUGGAGAUCAACGCUGCUGAGGAGGUUUCGUUUGUCGAGGCCGACACCUAUGUCAAGGCUUUGGCACUGCAGUCGCAAUCCAACGCUCCUAGCGGUCUCAUCCGGUUGUCUAGCGCAUCUGCUACUGCAAGCUCGGCCGCGGCUGGCUAUGUUUUCGAUGACUCGGCAGGACAGGGCAUCACGGCUUACGUUGUGGACACUGGUAUCAUGACGACCCACGAGGAGUUCCAGGGACGUGCUGUCAUGGGUGCCAACUUCAUCAACGAUGUGGACACUGACGAGAACGGUCACGGCUCUCACGUUGCUGGCACUAUUGGUGGUGCUACUUUUGGUGUCGCCAAGAACGUUAACCUAGUGGGCGUCAAGGUGCUCGAUGCUGAUGGUGGUGGCACCAACUCUGGUGUUCUGCAGGGUCUGGAUUUCGUCGCCAACAACGCUUCUGCUGAGGGACUCGCUGGCAAGGCCGUCAUGAACAUGUCUCUGGGUGGUUCCAGGUCCCGGGCUAUCAACAACGCCGUCGAGGCUAUCGCUGCCGCCGGUGUCGUGCCCGUUGUCGCUGCCGGAAACGAGAACCAGGAUGCCGGCAAUACCAGCCCGGCAUCUGCCCCCAACGCCAUCACCGUCGGUGCCAUCGACCAGACGACGGAUGCUAAGGCCAGCUUCAGCAACUUUGGCACAUCUGUUGACAUCUUUGGACCUGGUGUCGAUGUCGAGAGUGUGGGCAUCACCAGCGACACCGCCACCGAGGUUCUAUCCGGUACUUCCAUGGCCUCCCCCCAUGUCGCCGGUCUUGCCGCUUACCUCAUGUCCCUUGAGAGCAUCACCGACGUCACUGCCGUCUCUGAUCGCAUCAAGGCCCUCGCUGGCGACAGCGGGGCUACCGUUCUUGACAACGAGGCCGACACCACCGAUUUGAUCGCCAACAACGGCAACUUGUAA